CUUCAUCUCGCAACCUGUCGCUUUCUCCUGAACUCACUUCUCGAUUCCUUUGACUAUCUAUCUUCUUUUCGCACCCGACUGUCAUCAUGUCUGGCGUCCCAGUUCCCUUCAGCGAUAUCGCUAAGCCAGCGAACGAUCUCCUCAACAAGGAUUUCUACCACACCAGCGCUGCCAACCUCGAGGUCAAGUCCAAAGCACCUAACGGCGUUACCUUCAAUGUCAAGGGGAAAUCUGCCCACGAUGGACCUAUUUCAGGCUCGAUUGAAGGGAAAUACUCCGAUAAGGCUGCUGGCCUCACGAUUACAAACACAUGGACCACCUCCAACAGCCUAGACUUCAAGGUCGAGCUGGAAGACAACCUGACCAAAGGCCUCAAAGCCGAGGUUUUGUCCAACUAUCUCCCCGCGAAGAGCACCUACGGCGGCAAAGUGAACUUGUUCUACAAGCAGCCCAACAUCCACACGCGCCUGUUCACCGACUUGUUCAAGGGCCCAACCGCGACCAUGGACCUGACGCUCGGCCACGAGGGUUUCCUCAUCGGCGCAGAAGGUGGAUACGACGUUGGCAAGGCGGCCAUCACGCGCUACGCCCUCGCUGCGGGAUACAGCCAGGGUAGCUAUGCUGCGGCCGUGACUGCGACGAACAACCUCAGCGUGUUCUCGGCCAGUUACUAUCACAAGGUCAACACGGAGGUUGAGGCUGGUGCGAAGGCUACCUGGGACUCGACUGCAGGCAGCAACGUCGGAUUGGAGGUCGCCACCAAGUACAAGCUUGAUCCCAGUUCUUUUGCAAAGGCCAAGAUUAACGACCGCGGUAUCGCAGCUCUGGCAUACAACGUCAAACUCGGCACCGGUGUGACUCUCGGCCUCGGCGCGAGCUUGGACACGCAGAACCUCAACCAGGCGGCUCACAAGGUUGGUGCGUCUUUUACUUUCGAGGGUUAGACGUACCGUCCUCAAUUUCACUGUAUCCCCAAAGCAGCACCACCGAGGGAGGGCUCAGAUUGUACAGAAGAGAAACAGGAGCAUAGAAGAAGGCAUUCAGCAGAGAUAUCCAUCUAGUUGGCGUAAGCUGCGUGGUCACUACGGAUGAGGAUCGUCAAACUACGCGUUGAUCGGAAUCGAACAGAUCCUGGCAAUUUUGUAAAUCCAUCUCUGCAAGUGCUGCUUCUCAUUCUGUUUUCCCAUCAAUAUUCGGUCUUCUACCCUCGGUGGUUUCUUCCGUUUACCCCUAUAUUCGUUCGUCUAUUGUUCGAAGCGGUGAUAGGGCGUCCCACGCGACACAGCAGGGUAUCACCCUGUCCUCGCUUCUCCUGCCGUUAUAUUCAUGACAUUGAAUGGUCC